AUGGGGAGGAAGGACAAGAGAAGCAAGAUUAAGAAGCUUGUGAAGGAGAGAAAAGUAGAUAUUGCUUUGUUUCAAGAGACAAAGAAAUCAGAAUUAACAGAGGAGGAAGUCAGAUCAGUGUGGGUAAGGGGCAAAAUGGAGUAUAUGGUGGUGGAUGUUGUAAGCUCUGCAAGGGAUUUAUUGUGUAUUUGGGAUCCAGACAUAUUCCAAGUUAAGGAUUGCUGCAGCAAUAGAAGGUUUAUAUUAUUAUUAGGUACUCUCUUUAACCAAUUUGAUUGUGCUAUUCUAAACAUUUAUGCACCUAAUGAUGUGGGCUCUAGAGGGAAUCUGUGGGAUUAUUUGUUGAAGCUGAAGGAGGAAUUUCUUAAUCCAUGGUGUUUAGGAGGGGAUUUUAAUGAGAUUAGGCAGAUUGGGGAAAGGAAAGGGUGUUCGAGGAGAGAUAGAGAUAUGAAAGAAUUUAAUGAGUUUAUUGAUAAGUGUGAGGUAUUUGAUUUACCAUUACUUGGGAGGAGGUUCACUUGGUGUAAUUCAUGUACUGGUGAGAAGUGGAGCAAAAUAGAUAGAAUUCUUGUAGACCCAAAGUGGCUUGAGGUGCUUAAUUUUAAGCUGUUGGGUCUUCCUAGACUGGUCUCUGAUCACUGUCCUCUUCUUUUGAUGGAGGAUAAGAGGGACUGGGGCCAAAAACCCUUUAGGGUAUUAAAUGCUUGGUUCUUACACAAAGAUUUUCAGAGGUUCUGGGAGUCAAACUGGAAAGAGUCCAGUGUACUGGGCUGGGCUGGGUUUAUACUGUUUCAAAAAUUGAAGAUAUUGAAAGAUGGCGUUAGAAGUUUGAAUGUGGAGGUUUUUGGUAAUGUACAAAACAAAUUAAAGGCAGCAGAGGGUGAACUUCACUGUUUUGAUAUUCUGGUUGAGGGUAGAGACCUCGAUGGUGUUGAAAAAGUUAGGAGAAGUGAAGUUAGAGCUGAGAUGUGGAGGUUGAGUAGGAUGGUUGAACGGUUAUGGCUGCAAAAGUCAAACUUAACUGGGUAA